AUUGGCUGCUGGCGGGAAGGCGCGCGCGGAGGAGGUGGGGGAAGAUGAGAGAACUCCUUCGCUGAGGCGGAGGCCGCCAUGUUGGGGGCCGGAGGAGGAGGAGCGGCAUCAUCUGCGGCGCCGUCGUCGUCGCUAUGAAGGCUUGGGGCUGCUGAGGUGGGAGGAGAGCGCGCGAGAAGUUCCCUCACGGUCGCCCACCGCCUUCCUCACAACUUUCGCCCGGGGCGCUUGCGAAGCGGUGUCUAAAGACGUCUUUAUCUUGGAAGAAGCAUGGAAACCAUACCUGCUCAUUUUUUAAAACUCCUCAUCUCUCUUGAAUGAUUUUGAAGACAACUUGAAAGCUGCUUUCAUACCAUGCCUAGCAGAAUGGGAUCAAAAAUAAACAUGAAGAAAGAUUUCAUCAGAGUAAAAACUCAUUAUAAUGGGGAUAUCCUCAUAACUAACCUGGGUGCAACCAUGAAUUAUAGUGAACUUUGUGAUGAAGUGAGAGGGAUGUGCAAUUUGCAGCAGGAACAGCCAAUUACCCUGAAGUGGAUUGAUAAUGAAGGUGAUCCAUGUACCAUUUCGUCCCAGAUGGAGCUAGAAGAAGCAUUCCGUUUGUACUCUCAGCACAGGCAUGAAGGGCUCGUUAUUCAUGUUUUCCCCAGCAUUCCAGAAAAACCAGGCAUGCCUUGCCCAGGAGAAGACCAAUCCAUCUACCGGCGUGGAGCUAGAAGAUGGAGGAAGCUGUACAGAGUGAAUGGGCAUCUGUUUCAAGCCAAACGCUUUAACAGAAGAGCAUACUGUGGCCAAUGCAGUGAGAGGAUAUGGGGUCUCGGAAGGCAAGGCUACAAGUGUAUCAACUGCAAGUUGUUGGUCCAUAAACGCUGCCACAUUCUCGUCCCACUGACCUGCAAAAGGCAUAUGGAUUCUGUGAUGCCUUCCCAGGAACCUCAGUUAGAUGCUAAGAAUGAUGAUGCGGACAUCCCCACGGAAGAGAAUGAUGGAAUACCUUAUAUUCCUUCAGCCCGGAAGCAUGACAAUAUUAAAGAUGAUUCUGAGGAACUCAAGCCAGUUAUUGAUGGAAUGGACGGAAUCAAGAUCUCUCAGGGACUUGGUCUACAAGACUUCGAUCUAAUCAGAGUCAUUGGACGAGGAAGCUACGCCAAAGUUCUUUUAGUACGGUUAAAAAAAAACGACCAGAUCUAUGCGAUGAAAGUCGUGAAAAAAGAAUUAGUCCACGAUGAUGAGGAUAUUGAUUGGGUGCAGACAGAAAAGCAUGUGUUUGAACAGGCGUCCAGUAACCCGUUCCUUGUUGGCUUACAUUCCUGCUUUCAAACAACAAGUCGGUUGUUUCUUGUUAUAGAGUACGUGAAUGGGGGCGACCUCAUGUUUCAUAUGCAACGGCAAAGAAAACUCCCAGAAGAACAUGCAAGGUUUUAUGCUGCUGAAAUCUGUAUUGCUCUCAACUUCCUACAUGAGAGAGGCAUCAUCUAUAGAGAUUUAAAACUGGACAAUGUUCUCCUGGACGCAGAAGGUCAUAUAAAGUUAACAGACUAUGGCAUGUGCAAGGAAGGAUUGGGUCCUGGGGACACGACGAGCACUUUCUGUGGAACGCCAAAUUACAUCGCCCCCGAGAUCCUACGAGGAGAAGAGUAUGGGUUCAGUGUGGACUGGUGGGCGCUCGGUGUCCUGAUGUUUGAAAUGAUGGCAGGAAGAUCUCCCUUUGAUAUUAUUACUGACAAUCCAGAUAUGAACACUGAAGAUUACCUCUUCCAAGUUAUCCUUGAAAAACCAAUCCGAAUUCCAAGAUUUCUUUCUGUGAAAGCCUCUCAUGUUUUGAAAGGAUUUUUAAAUAAGGAUCCCAAAGAGAGGCUCGGAUGCCAGCCGCAGACUGGAUUUUCAGAUAUAAAAUCUCACACCUUCUUUCGCAGCAUAGACUGGGAUCUGCUGGAAAAGAAGCAGGCGACCCCUCCGUUUCAGCCGCAGAUCACAGACGAUUACGGCUUGGAUAACUUCGAUACCCAGUUCACCAGCGAACCUGUGCAGCUAACGCCGGAUGAUGAAGAUGUAAUAAAAAGAAUAGACCAGUCCGAGUUUGAAGGAUUUGAAUAUAUUAAUCCCUUGUUGCUGUCAACUGAAGAAACCGUAUGAGAGGAAAAGAUAGCAUCUACACGGAGGACAGAUGACAUGAAUUGAACGUUGACAUUUAAUCCUAACAACAAGUAUAUGCAUGCGAGGCUGGGGAAAACUGUAAAGGUUUUGAGUGGAGACCAAUGAUGAUAAAAUUGCUGCUGAAGAAUAAAAGAAACUUGAUUUUGGUGGGUGUCUUCCUCUAUUUUUUUCCCCAAAAUGAAGCACUGACAGAGCUGGCUUCACGACGAGAUCUGCAUUUCGUGCCUGCUUUAUCAAGGAUCCGUGGUUGGUUGCAUCCUUGGGAGAGAAAGAUGAUCUAACCCUUUUCAAAGCUGGAUGCCUCUGGUGGACAUUUUCAUGCAGCCUACUGUAGAACCGUGCAACAUCCUGAAGAAUAAAUUGUUCGUGGUGUUGAAGCAUACUUUUAGAUGCCUUUCACAAGUGGUACCUAUCUUAAAUGUCUCAGUUUAUGCAUAUCUAUAUCUAUAGCCAGAUAGAUAUAGAUAUUAAAAAGGAGUUGUGUUUUAUUAGCAAUUAUAACAAAUUUGGGUACAAUAUUCAAGUGCCUAAAUGGAGAAAUACAUUUUAAAAAUUCCGUAUUUGAAACACUUGAAAAACCCUGCAAGCUCUGAUUAUUUAAAAGUAAGUAUUUUACAUAUGGAACAUCCAGUUAACAGCUGCUGUUUAAUUUGUAUAUUCAGAGAACUUUUAGAAGAGGCUGAGGUCUCGGCAAUAACAAUUCCAAAUUGCAAUUUAUCACUGGCAACAUCUGGAUUAUGCUUAAUGUGGAAGAAAAAUAUUACCAAAAUCUGAUUAGAAAAUUUUAAUUUGCACAUGGUGGAUUUCUAAGAAUACUUGAGCAGUGCCUACAUUGUCUUGUGUUGUAUACUAGAUUUUUGAGUAAUAUUUUUAUCAAUGCAAUAUUCAAAAGGAACCAUGGAAAAGUAAAAGGAUCAUAGCCUUAAAGUGGAAAAAAAUUAAGAAAAUCCAGCAACAUGUUGCAUUUUUCUUUCUGAUAAAGCACACCUCCUACUUAAAAAGAUCUGUCUGCUUUGAAAUGGCCAGCGUAUAUCAUUGACUAGCUCUAGAAAUGGAUUUGGUGGACGCAACACUUGUCAGAGCAGUUAUCUUAGUGAUAGAAAAGAAAAAUUUAAAAAUGUAUAAAUAUUGUAUGCAUAUAGUAAUAUAAAAUAUGUCCAUAUUUCCUCUUUUUGAAAACAGGGGGAAUGUUGCAUCAGGUUAAUCGUUCGUCAGCUUUGAGAAUUAAAGAGCAAAGUAUCCGUUUAUUUGGGGACAAAUCAGUGUGCACUGCUAUCCAAAACCUUUCAGAACGAUCCGCCUCUCGAAGGAUGAGAAGAAAAGGCAGUAUUCCAUGUUCAAUAGGUUUCUGUUCCACCUCCACUGAAUAGCUUUCAGUUCCAGGGAAGGACAUUUCUGCAGAAAGCAGAAAUUGGAUGUGCCAUCGUAUCUCACCUGAUUGGGUCUUAAAAACGAAAGAUAAUUUGCUGGCAUUUUCACCUUCUUUUUCUUGUCUAGGUUUCUCAGGGUACAGCAUCCUGUGAGGUGCUGAGCAUGACAUCUCCAUUGCGUUCAAGGCCAUGAGGUGCUUAGCCUAAGACUGCCAGAUCAUGGUAUUGAAAAAAAAAAUAUAUAUGUCUCUUUCAAGGAACCAUCCAUGUACAUAUUUUGUACAUCCUUUCCCCAGGCUUACUGAAUUAACACAUUAUCUGUGACCAUUCAGUUUUAAAAGACCCAUCCAGAGUUGUUGUUUUUUUUAAAAAGUUGCUCUCUGGACUGUGUCAUUAUUAUUAUUAUUUUGCACAAAGUAUGCUUUAACCAGCAGUAACUUGUUCAGUUAGAAGUCCCCCGCCCCCAGUGCCUAAGAUUUAGAUAACCAAGUCAUCAACCUAAGAGGUAGUCCUGUUUUCUUUCUAAGUGAACCAUGAGAAAAUGCUGGGUUCCCCCCCCACACACACACACACACACACUUCUGAAUGAACUAUUCAGUGUACUCGGAAUGUUCCCCGUCUCUGUAUCUCGGAUUUAACUCCAAGCAGCAGAUUUUCCAUGGUGAGGAGACCCACCAACGCCAUCUCAUUCUGGGGCAAAGAGGUUCAGCCAAACACCCAGUGUUCUUUGGCCUAAACUUCCGUGAUACCAGGACAUUCCCCCAGGAUGAGUGAAUGGGAUGCACACGCACACUGGCUCAACAGGCGUUCUAGGAAACCAGUCCUUGGUUUAUUUACAAUUUAAGGCAUUUACAAUGUUGCUGUGUUGCCAAAUAAUUUGCUGGUGAAAAGUUGGUUGCUCCUGUGCAAAGUGUCUGACUAACGUUCUGUCCAUGAUGAAGGAGAAUUUUUUUAUAUGAAGUUCUUGUUUUAUAAAUUAAAGAGAAAUGAAGGAUGUAAUUAAAUGUGUGGUUUAAAAAAAAUCCUAAUAUAUUGCAAAUGGAUCUGGUAAUGAUAUAAUUGUCUUAGUAUGUAAAUGAAAUGUAAAUGAAAACACAUUAGCUAAUUUAAUGAUUGUAAAACAGUAAAUAUGUUCUUGUAGUUUUGUAUAAUUAACUAGUUGAGAUCUUUGGCCAGUUUUAUUUGUGCAAAAGAUGGUAUACUAACCCAUAAACAGCUAAGAUCAUUUAUAUUCUUGCACAUCUAUUAAAGACUUUAAUGAGAA